UUCGAACAUUAGUCGCGCAACUUACCCAUGAUGUCAUAUGCUCGGUCUAUCAUGUUUGAUACCUAUGGUCCUCCAUGAUCACAAAGGGCAAUAUACAUUUCGACCAAACUCUAACCCUAUUGAUUAUUGUAUGAUCUCUUGAAAUAUAUUAGCUUAGUUUGGCCCCGUUGUAGCUUUUGCUGAAGCACCUUUUUGUUGGAGAUUUUAGAUAAGUACUUUAAAAAAAAGGUAGAGUGUUUGGCUGUAAAACUAUUAGAAGUGCUUUUUAAUAUCAGAGGUUGUGUAUAAUGACUAUAAAGGACUUAUAAUAUAAAAUAUGAAUAAAAAUUCUAAACAAUAAAAAGUAGUAUGGAUCUUGUUAGAUUUCUUUUAUAUUAAAUAAUAUGAUUUUAUAUUUUAUUUUUAAAAUAAUAUAAAUGAAGGAAAAUUAUAUUUUCUAAAAUAAAAUAUGGUUUGGAUAAUCUUAUAUUUUCAAAAUAGCUUUUCGCUAAAGCUUCAAAUCGGAGCUUCUGCUUUUAUGUUAUACAAAAGCGCUUUUCGGCUUUUCAAAAGCCGAAAUUUUAGAGGUGUUUGGCCCUGCUUCAGCUUUUGAAACCGAAAAACACUUCUAAAAACCCAACCAAAUAUAGGCAUUAUGGGAUUUGAUGAUGCGAUUUGGCUUCAUUGCUAUACCUACUAAAUAGACAUGGACUAUUACAUGUAUUGUAUAUCCAUGUGUCGUUCUCCUUUGGAGUUAAAGAAUUAAUAUUAUCUUUGUAUUGUUUUGGUCGUCACAUUGAUGACUACUCGUUUUGAUAUUUGGGUAUGUAAGGAAGUGGUUAAGAACCAUACAUGGGCAUCUAUAAGAUCCAACAUAACCUUCUUCCAACAACUCGAGUUAUUGGGAGCAAUUGAUUUAUGAUAUGGUAUCAGAGCUGGUUUGUUCGUGAGGUCGUGUGUUCAAGUUCUCACGACUCUCAAUAUUAACCGUUGUCCUUUAAGCACAUGGUAGAGCGGGCCUGUGCAAACUUCAAGCCCAUGAGUCGACUUUCGUUUGAGGGGGCAUGUAAGGAAGUGGUUAAAAACCAUACAUGGGCCUGUAUAAGAUCCAACAUAACCUUCUCCCAAAACAUUGAUUCUCAGUUCAUUCCAUUUAGAUCUGGAUGACGAAUUUGCUCCAAGCAUGAACCAUGAGAUUGUCGACCGUCUAUCUUUUACCUAGUAAAAAUGUGAUCUAUCAUUUUCAUUGGAAGCUCUCGAACCAAAUGGCAACUAAAUUGGUUCAUUGAGCGGUUGGAAUUGUAAUAUGGCUCAAUCAAUCUCUCCUAUAUCAAUAACAAGAGCCUUUGUUUUAUGAGUUUCUCUCGUUUAGAGAGAGUUUAUCGGAGUGGCGGAAACCCUAGGUUUUCCGGAGAGCCUAGUCGAGCUACGUAGCUGAUUCUUAGCUUGGAGAAGGUUAACGUGGGACAAAGGCUUCUUUUGUCCUUGUCAGCGACGGAUCCUAAAUACACUUUAGAGGAGGUUUUCUGAUCGCGUUUGAUUCUAGCGUGCAUAAGAGGGAUAUAAAUAACUAGGGUUUUGCUGUGCGAGGUGUUUAUUUACAGAGCAAAUACCUAAAUCAGUUUAGGUUUACAGAAGUCUUUCUGAGCGCUUUUCUUGAAAAAAGAGUUGAAAACAGGGCUUGAAAAGAAACGAGCCAUGGAAACAGGAGAGCUUGAAAGGGAGCCAGAACUCCAGAGCACUGCAGAAAGUCUGGAAGUACAACUGGACCAAAUCACAUUAGAGGAUGAAGAUGACACACCCCUUGAUGUUGAAGAUGAGGAUGUGGACGUCUUUCAUAUGGAAGCGGUCCGCCGAUUAGGCUUGAUUGGACGCUUUAUAGCUGAAAAACCACCAAACAUCAAGUCACUUAAGAUUGCCUUGGCAAAUGCUUGGAACCUGAAGAAAAAUUUUCAGAUUACUGAGUUGGGUGACAUGCUUUACGCGUUCCAAUUCUUGGAGGAAGAUGAUAGAGAUAGGGUCUGCUUUGGGGGGCCCUGGCAUUAUGAGAACAAUACAAUGGUGUUUAUGGAAAGCCUACUGAUCAAGAAACCCAUGCCAGAAGCAUUGCACAUGCUGGACAUUUGGAUUCAGAUUAUAGAGCUGCCGGCAGAACUUAGAACAAAACCUAUGGCAGAGAAGAUAGCUAACAGGUUUGGUUCUCUAAUAUGGUUCGAUGAUAGCCCUAGAUCUAUGUGGGACUCGUACAUGAGAUUGAGGGUAAGUUUAUCCAUCAACAACCCUCUAAGAAAGAAGAUCAAACUAAACAUCAAAGGGCAACUAGUUGAAUAUCUUGUCAAGUAUGAAAAGUUACCUAUAUUCUGUUACUCUUGCGGACGAAUUGGGCACCCAAAAUUGCGUUGUCCGAAGCCAUCAGGAAUAAGUCCAGAUCCUUUUGGGAUGGAGUUGAGAGCUGGAACGCCAGAACCUAGAAGCUGGCUGUCACACUCUCUAAAGAAAGAAGAUGAGACUAUAUGGGCUUCUCUGAGGAAGAAAUUUGACUGGGAAAGCACAUGUUCCAACUCGGACCAUGAAGUACCCCCUGCAGAAGAAAUAGCGGAUAAACAAGUCACCCCAGAGAUGAGGGCACAGAAGGAGAAAGAUAAACAAAACAAGGGGAAAAUGACAGAACCUGGCGAAGGACACUGCACAAAGAAGAAAGACCAAAUCCGGAUCCAGAGUGCUGAUGUCCAUACACCAAACAACCCACCUUUGGGGCAGCUGGGAAUGGGAGGUGCCCUACAGCAAUUCGUGAUGGGGACUGCUGAGAUGAAAUCCCAUCCAUGAAGCAGAAAUAAGGUGUGGCGCGGACAAGAGCAAAACACAACAAGAGAGUUAAUCCCUGCACAGAUUACACCACAAAAAAGAAAUGUUCAGAGUGCAGGAGGAGAUGGCAUGCUGGAUUAGAUAGCUGAAAUACAAGCAAAGAAAGCUAAAAAGCUUAGUUUUCAGACCCCGGAAGAGCCAGCUUCCAAUCAGAACACAAUAAAUGCAAAGGAUGGCGAUGUGGCGGACUCUGCUAAGGAGCAGAGCCGCCCAGCCCAAUGAGUCUAUUGAGCUACAAUUUCCAAGGGCUCGGGAAUACCCCGACAGUUGAAAAAGUAAAGGCGCUUCUACGCCAGACUAAUCCCGAUAUUGUUUUCUUAAUAGAAACAAAGCAAUAUG